AUGGCCCCGCCACCGCUUCCAUCAUCUCCUUCCUCCUCUCUUUCGUCGUCUUCCAUGCCUCACAACUCAUCUUCUCCAUCUCACUCGCUCUCCUCUUUUCACCAACCUCAGAUUCUCCUCUCUCUCCUCUCCAAUUCACCCUCGGCCUCCUCCGCCAGCUCUCGGAUCCAGACUUCCACCGCGGCUCUCGUGUCUCUCUGCGCAUUGCGCGUUUCGUCUCCGCCACUGGCUUCGACGGCCUCUGAUCCGUGGCUGAGUUCUCUUCUCGACUGGAGUGAUUGUGAACAAGAUUUAGAGGGUUCGUGA